AUGGCGGCAGAACAGAGACGGCUACUCGAGCAGCUUAUGGGCUCUGGAGCCUCAGCCCAACAUGCUCAACUUUCUCUGUCGGACUCAAAAGUCUGUCGUUCCUACCUCGCCGGCACCUGUCCACACGAUCUCUUCACAAACACCAAGCAAGACAUCGGUCCCUGCCCGAAAGUGCACAGCGAACAGCUGAAGUCCGAGUAUGAGGAGAAAGAGCCAUCAGAGCGAGCAAAGCUGGGCUUCGAAUACGAUUACAUGAGAGAUAUGCAGAAAUACAUCGACGAAUGCAACAGGAGGAUAGAUGCCGCACAAAGGCGACUGGAAAAGACGCCCGAUGAGAUUCGGCAGACGAAUGAGCUGGCACGUACAAAAGCAAAUUUUCUCUCGAGCGCUUUGCUCAAACAAAUCUCUGACCUCACCCAAUCCAUCAAUACCGGCCUUCUCGAAGUCGCCACCCUCGGCGAAUCCUCCUCCAUCUCCCUCGCCGUAACUGAGCACCAUAAGAUCCGCGUCGCGAAAGCCGCAAAAGAGGAGAAGGAGCGCGAAUUGAAAUCUUUGAGUGACACCAGCGGUCCCUCCGGCCAUCAGAAAUUGCAGGUCUGUGAUGUCUGCGGCGCGUAUCUGAGUAGGCUAGAUAAUGAUAGGAGGUUGGCGGAUCACUUUUAUGGGAAGAUGCAUUUGGGCUAUGCGCAGAUGAGGAAGACGUAUGAUGUGUUGCAGAAGGAUAUGAAGGGGCGACCGCCACCUGUGAGGGAUGAGUCGCAGGAUAUGAGGGGAGGGGGAAGGGAUGAGGGCUGGGGUGAUAGACAGGGUGGGGGGUAUGGAGGUAGAGGUGGCUUCAGGGGAGGUUAUGGUAGAGGUGGUGGUGGUGGUGGUGGUGGUGGUGGUGGUUUCAGAGGUAGGGGAAGAUGGUGA